UACCUUAGGGGAGGCCACCCAAGUGGAUGAGGGGAUCCUUUUCUUGACUCCAGCGGGUUACCUUCCCUCUGACAGGGUAAAGGGCGAAGAUGGGAGCCCUCUGGGACCUUCUGGGAAAGGAGGCACAGGGCUCCAGGAAGCCAGUGUCCGGGGAGUGCUGUGCUGAGUCCAGGGGCCUGGCCAGGGCAGGGGUGGACAGAUUGUCUCAGAGGAGCCAGGGCGUCCCUUCCUCCAGAUUUAGCUAAAGGAAACGUGGAACAUCUCAUUGGCCAUCCUCCCCACUCUCCAAUUCGGCUCCAGAGGCCCCUCCAGACUAUCCGCCGGCCACUGUCCCUUUAAGCGCCGCACUCCUCCCCCAGCGGUGGCACGGAGGGAGUGGGGGUGAGGGGAGGCUGAGCGCUCACGCCCGGACUGCUAGGGAAGAUGGUCCAGGCUGGGGGAGUCGCUCUCAAGUCCCGCUGCCCCCUCCCCUGAGCCAGGUGAUUUGGGAAGCCCCCUUCUUUCCCUCCCACCCCCACGCGCCACCAGGGAUGACUCCGUGGCCUCACGGGAACAGUACUCUAGCCCCGUGGCCGGACGUCCCCAAUACCGCCAACACCAGUGGGCUGCCAGGGGUGCCGUGGGCGGCGGCCCUGGCCGGGGCGCUGCUGGCGCUGGCGGUGCUGGCCACCGUGGGAGGCAACCUGCUGGUCAUUGUGGCCAUCGCCCGGACGCCGAGACUCCAGACCAUGACCAACGUGUUCGUGACUUCGCUGGCCACAGCCGACCUGGUGGUGGGACUCCUGGUGGUGCCGCCGGGGGCUACCUUGGCGCUGACUGGCCACUGGCCGUUGGGCGCCACUGGUUGCGAGCUGUGGACCUCAGUGGACGUGCUGUGUGUGACCGCCAGCAUCGAAACCCUGUGCGCCCUGGCCGUGGACCGCUACCUGGCCGUGACCAACCCGCUGCGUUACAGCGCACUGGUCACCAAGCGCCGCGCCCGGGCAGCCGUGGUCCUGGUGUGGGUCGUGUCGGCCGCGGUGUCGUUUGCGCCCAUCAUGAGCCAGUGGUGGCGCGUAGGGGCCGACGCCGAGGCGCAGCGCUGCCACUCCAACCCGCGCUGCUGUGCUUUCGCCUCCAACAUGCCCUACGUGCUGCUGUCCUCCUCCGUCUCCUUCUACCUUCCGCUCCUCGUGAUGCUCUUCGUCUAUGCGCGGGUUUUCGUGGUGGCUACUCGCCAGCUGCGCUUGCUGCGCGGGGAGCUGCGCCGCUUUCCGCCCGAGGAGUCCCCGCCGGCUCGUUCGCGCACUCUGGCCCCCGCUCGCGCGGGGACCUGCGCUCCGGCUGAAGCGGUGCCCGCCUGCGGCCGGCGGCCCGAGCGCCUCCUGCCUCUCCGGGAACACCGGGCCCUGUGCACUUUGGGUCUCAUCAUGGGCACCUUCACUCUCUGCUGGCUGCCCUUCUUUCUAGCCAACGUGCUGCGCGCCCUGGGGGGCCCCUCUCUGGUCCCCGGCCCGGCCUUCCUCGCCCUGAACUGGUUAGGCUAUGCCAACUCUGCCUUCAACCCGCUCAUCUACUGCCGCAGCCCGGACUUUCGUAGCGCCUUCCGCCGUCUUCUGUGCCGCGGUGGCGGCUGCCUGCCCCUGGAGCCCCGCGCCGCCGCCUCCCCCGCCCUCGUUCCCCCGGGCGCCUCGGCCGCCCGGACCAGCCCCGCGCAGCCCAGGCUUUGCCGACAGCUCGACGGGUAGGUAACCGGGGCGAAGGGAACAGCGGCUCAGGGUCCGGAAGCCUGCGAUGUCUCCAUGCGUGUACUUGUUGAGUUUGGAGUUUCCUAGGAGAAGGUGGGACCUGGGAUGGCUCUGCUUGAGAGAAGGAACGAGGAGUGGCGAACCAAAAUGGGACCCAGGGCCCUUUCCUUUCAGGAUACAGGUGCGCCAUGGGAAAGCGCUGCGGUGUCCCGAGGACUCUGGCACUGCCUGGUUGGCUCUAGGGAUUUUUUUUUUUUUUUUUUUUUAAAUAGAGACAGGGUCUCAUCUCUGUCGCCCAGGCUGGAAUGCAGUGGUGCGAUGUCAGCUCACUGAAGAGCUCACUUUUGCAGGCCUGAGCCAGGGCGCCGGGUCUGCUCUAGUUUUGGUUUUCCAGCUCAGUUCUUUGCCCCCACUCCCACCCCGAUUUCUGGCCAUCUCUAGACCUGGCUCACACUUGAAGACAGGGCUAGUGCCCGCCCCUCCACCCCCCAAGCCCUUGGACUCAGUUCUGGGUUUUCUCAGAACGGUUUUGACGGCCGUGGAGGUGAGAAUCCACUUCCGGUAUGAAGUGCAGCUGUGAGUGAGGAGCCUGGCUUCCUGGGGAGUUUCUUAGGCCUGAAGGACAAGAAGCAACAACUCGGUUGAUCAGAACUUGUGGAAAGCCUCUAGCCUCUGUUCACAAUGAAUCCCAUGGGAUUUCCGGGCUGUGACACUCUACCCUUCAGAACCUGGCGACUGGGCCAUGUGACCCGAGGGGGGAAUCCUUACCAAGUGGGUUUUCACCAUCCUUUCACUCUCUGAGAGAUGUUUUCCAAACCCCACCCUUGAACUUCACUCCUCCUUCGGUGGUAGUGCCCAGCUGCCCUGGAGCAGCGAGCUGGCUUUGGUAGAGGGCACCCAUCACCUGGCUCGCUUGUGCAGUCAGUGAGGGCUUAGGGCAAAGAGAGCGCCCCCGGUCCCAUUCCUUCUGCCACCCAAACCCUGAUGAGACCGCAGUGUUCUCCAGGCUCCAUAGCCCAGGCUGAGAGUAGCAGGCUGGAAAAGACCAAGAUUUGGGGUUUUGUCUCUAGUUCCCUCAUUACGGCUCUCAAGCACUGGCCUCUCUCACUGUAGCCAUGGAACGGCUCCGAUCUACCUCACAGCAGUGUCAGAAGGUCUUUGUCAGGGUUUCAGGAGCUCCAGGUUCACAGGAAGGUGAACCAUUAGAACACAUUCCUUCUUUUCCUUUUGCAAUCAGAUGAAUAAAUAUCACGGAACGCAGUUCA